GCCACAGUGCGGCAGGAGAACCGCAACAAGCGAGGAAAAGCAGAGGGGAACCAACUUGUGUUUGAAAACAAAGACUUGAAUGGGAAUCGGAAUGUUUUGUCUCUCUAUCUGAAGAAAAUAUGCGCCUUCCUCAGUGAGAUUCUUCUGAAAUAGGUUGACAGCUAUUAGGCGAACCCCAUUUAAACUGGGGCGUAUUCAUUACGCCAAUUCUGUUGCAAAACUUUUCUUAAAAGUAAGCAAACGGAACGAAACGGGGAGGGACCUACCUGAAUUUCUCCAAUAGAAACUCUGUUUGGACUAAUGAUUACAACCCAGGUAGCAGCAGAAUGGCUGAAAAAUACAAGCAGAGUCGCUAAUUGCACUAUUCAUUUUGACUCAAAGGAGUUAGACAAUACCAUACGGACGGUUUGCAGUCUACCCUCCAUGUCUGCUCCAACGAAUUGUACAUUUACAUAGGCAAUUGAAGGCUGGCAAAUCAAGUAACGUGUGGUGCAUUCAAAUCCUUUGUGGUGGGAUGUCAUCGACUUCUAUUGCGACAUAGUUAGUAAUCAUUGUGUUUGCCGAAGGCUGUUGACACUUCAGGGUGUUAUGAUGGGUGAAGUGACGGACGCCAGGGAAAUUAAAAAUACCUUUAUUGUUCCCGCAAUAAAGUCUUCCGGUCACUAUGAUUGUUCUCGAGCAAAAAUCUACUGUAGCCUCACGUGGCUGGUGGCCAAAGCAUUUGGGACAGACAGUGUCCCGGCCGACCUGAAGGAGCCCUUCUACACAGACCAGUAUGAACAGGAGCAUCUGAAGCCUGCAGUAGUCAGCCUACUGCUGUCUGCUGAGCUCUACUGCAGAGCCGGGAGCCUCAUCCUGACAAGUGGAGGUCACGAUGCUGUCACCCAGCCCCUGGUUGGUCACGAUGCUGUCUCUCAGCCCCUGGUUGGUCACGAUGCUGUCACUCAGCCCCUGGUUGGUCAUGAUGCUGUCACCCAGCCCCUGGUUGGUCACGAUGCUGUCAUCCAGGCCCUGGCCCAGAAGGGACUCCACGUCACAGACCAGACGAGGCUGGUUACUGAGAGAGACCUCCGCAAGAGGCCCCUACAGAUGAGUGCCCACCUGGCGAUGAUGGACACACUGAUGAUGGCGUACACGGUGGAGACGGUGAGCGCGGAGAAGGUGGUGGCGUGCAUCCUUCGGUACUCCUCCCACCACGAUGAAGAUGCAGACACACCGUACGACACAGAGGACGCCGUGACCAGCUGGAUCAACAAGGUAAAUGAGUAUUUGAAGGAUAUCAUUGGUCAGGAGCGGAGGAGAGAAAGGAAGAGAGCUGAGCUUGUUGGCAGGCCAGGGACUCGCUCCAGGAAGGAGCAGCAGACUGUUGCCCAGCAGGUGCCCUGGAUCCCCCCUGUCGAUAACCUGCUGAAGGACACCGUAGACGGCUGCGCCCUGGCCGCUCUGCUGCACUUCUACUGCCCACAGCUAAUCAGACUGGAAGAUAUCUGUCUGAAGGAGUGUAUGUCGCUGGCGGACAGCCUGUACAACCUGCAGCUGGUGCAGGACUUCUGUCAGGAGCAUCUGAACCGUUGUUGCCACUUCAGCCUGGAGGACAUGGUGUACGUCUCCUCGUCCCUCAAAAAUAACUACCUUGUGUUCCUGGCCGAGCUGUUCUGUUGGUUUGAAGAGGUGAAACCCUCCUUUGUACAACCAAGAGUUCUGGAUACUGAAGAGCCAGCCCUCACAUCGUUGCGGAACAUUCCCUCAGUUCCCAUCUCCAAUGUCACCAAGAAAAGCUUCAUGGAGAGACAGCCCAGCCCAGAACCACCCAGUCUGCCUCUCCGGCCUCAACCUAGGAACUCGGGUGAAAUGAAGAGAUCGACCUCAAUGUCCUUUGUGGACGUAGGAACCUGGCCCAAGGAGAAAAGGUCUGGGCCUUACGGAGUAUCCUUCGACAUUCCUUUCGACAAAGAGGACACCCAGACAUCUACUCCCCCCGGCCAUGCCAUGACUCGCUCUACCAGCACAGAGGGCUUCAAGGUCCACCAAAUGCCCCGGGGCAUGAAGAGGAUCCUGUCCUUCCAGCCCAUCAAUGGACAGGGCGUGGGCAUUGAGGAGGAGGGCUGCCCGGACAGCCUAGCAGGCCCCGAUCUGCCAAGACAGCCUGGCAGACCUCAACCCAAUGGCUCCUCAGCCCUGGAUGGGCAUGGAAAAGGAGCAGCCAUACCCAGCAUGGAGGAGGCCCUGCAGAUCAUCCACAACAUCGGGAGGAAGCCCCCACAAUGCUCCCUGACGGAGGGUAUCAACCAUGGCUUCUUCCUGCACAGUCAAAACCGAGGAAGAGGUGUAGUCGGCCUGCACCCCAAGGCCCAACAGGAGAACAUGGACCUGGACUCACUGAACACCACUAAAACCACAGAGGUGGACACAGACAUCCACUUGAGGACGGAGGACAUCGCCGAGAUGGUGGACGAGGACUCUUCGCUGGGGGAAGCUACGAGCAUAGAGCUGGACAUGGACACACUCAGCCCCUGCCUCAGCAGCUCAAGCUACGGCAAAUCUCCCUCCACUAGCUCCGGCAUCAAGAUGACCAGCUUCGCAGAGCAGAAGUUCCGGAAGCUCAGCAAACCCGAAUCAGGGAGAAGAACGAGCAGCAGCAGCAGCAGCGGGGGGGGCAGCUCCCUCAAGACCACCCCCGAGGGCUCAGAACUGGGCCUCCCCCUGUCCGUCUCCUGGGCACCAACCCCAGAGCACAGCACCGUUCAUCAACAGAGCAUGCCCCUUACCCAAGCCCCUCCCACUGGGCCAGCCCUGGCCCCUCCACCUAGUGACCCGGUUCAGGCCAUGGCAACAGAGAUGGUUCAGCUGCACAUGUGCCUGGAGGAGAAGCGAAAAGCCAUUGAGACGCAGAAGAAGAAGGUGGAGGCAGCGUUUACGCUUCACCGCCAGAGGAUGGACCACUCCACUUUCCUGGACGUGGUCAAGAGGAAGGCCGACUGUGCCUCAGUAGGAGGAGGAGAGGAGGAAAUGGGGAAGAUGACUGCAGAGAAGGAGAGGAAAACUGGGAGGAGCAAAGUGGACACCCCUGAUGGGGCCGAGCAGGGGCAGGCGCCCUUCGGGGUCUGCUGGCUGAAAUCCCCAGGAAGAAGCAUGGGAGAAGAGGGAGGUCAAGGUCCCAGCGAGGUGGAUCUAGCGAACUACACACGCUCCAUGGAGAAGCUCAACCACUCACUGGGCUUCCUGCAGAUGGAGAUGCAGCGCCUGGCCCAGCAGCAGGAGGUCAUCAUGGCCAUGAGGGAACAACGGCACCAACAGGCCUGGGUCAUUCCCCCUCCCGAGACCCAGCCCUCACCCCAGAAAUAUCGCGCCUCUGUCCGCUCCUCCGACUCGCCCUCCCCGACAGACUCACCUCGCUCGCCCACCAGCAUCAAGAGGAAGUCGGCCUCCUUCCACUCACGGAACCCCCGCACGCCUCGACCCAGCGAGCUUAAGCUGGCCCCCUAUAACCGCUGCCUGACGGCGCCCCAGUCCGUGGACAGUCUCCCCCGCCUGCGCCGUUUCUCCCCAUGUCAGGCCAUGGCCUUCACCUACAUGGGGGACAAACCCAUCGGUGAAACCCCUGAGAUCGGAGACACUGAGCAUGUGCUAUCCCCAGAGAGAGAGGCUGUUAGUGCAUCGUCACCCUCCUCCCCAGCCAAAAACAACCAGAGAACACAACAAGGGACACUAGAGAUUUCCAGGGAUGAUGCGGAGGAGAAGGAAAUGGAGGAGGAGAAGCACAAGUACAAAAUGGAGGAGAUUAAACCCAUAAUAGUGUCGACCGUAUCUGAAGUGCUGGCCCAGCCAGUGAAAGAGUCCUUCACGGUCACCCCCACAGAGACCCCCCUUAUCUCAGACAUGUUUGGCCAGGCCAGAAGCAACCUGAUUGAGGUGCCUCUGUACGUGCUCAAGCCCCUGGAGGGAGAGGGGAUGGAGGAGAGUGAAGGCAUGCAGGGGACCUAUGGCGAUAACGAGAAAAUGUCCUGUGGCUUUUUCUUUAAGGGUGAUGGGAACGGGGAAGACAACAUGGCUCAGAAGAGGGCUGCUCUCCUGGAGAAGAGGCUGAAGAGGGACAAGGAAACGCAGAAGAAGAAGCUGCAGCAGGAGGCGGAGCUAGAGCGGAAGAAGGAGGAGUCACGAGUGAAAGCGGAGGAAGAGCACGCGAGGAAGGAAGAUGAGAAAAGUCGCCGGGAGUUAAUCAAGCAGGAGUACCUGAGGAGGAAGCAGCUCAAGCUCAUGGAGGACAUGGACACGGUGAUGAAGCCGCAGCGGCCGCCCGGCGCCAAGCAUAGGAGAGCCCGGCCCAGGUCCAUCCACCGGGACAGCAUGGACUCCUCCAGAUCCCCGGCCAGGGCAGCAGUGCCCAGCUUGUCUCUGGCCUCUCUCAACCUGGGGGACAGCUUGUCUCUGGCCUCUCUCAACCUGGGGGACAGCUUGUCUCUGGCCUCUCUCAACCUGGGGGACAGUGACACUGUGCAAUCUGAGAAGAGAACACCAAGGCCUGAUUCUGCAGAUGGUUUUCUGUCCCCUUGUCGAUCUGGGAGCCGGACUGGAGAGGACGAUUGGGAGAAUGGCUCCACUGCCUCAUCUGUGAAGUCAAACACCGAGUACACCGGGCCCAAACUGUACAAGGAGCCGAGUGCCAAAUCGAACAAGCAUAUAAUCCAGAACGCGCUAGCCCACUGCUGCCUGGCGGGCAAGGUCAACGAAGGUCAGAAGAACAAGAUUGUGGAGGAAAUGGAGAAAUCAGAAGCCAACAACUUCCUGGUGUUGUUCAGGGACGGGGGUUGCCAGUUCCGCUCCCUGUACGUAUACAGCCCCGAAACGGACGAGGCCACCAAGUUGACGGGCAUCGGGCCCAAGAGUAUUAUGAGCAAGAUGAUCGAGGGCCUCUACAAGUACAAUUCGGACAGGAAGCAGUUCAGCCAAAUUCCCGCCAAGACCAUGUCGGCGAGUGUGGAUGCCAUCACGAUCCACGGCCACCUAUGGCAAACCAGGAAACCAGCCACCCCCAAGAAAGUGUUACCUGCCAAGUCCUAAUGGAACUUACCGUAUACUCCCAGCCACCCCCGCCAUUUCCACAUUCAAUUUGCAAUUCACUGUACAUUUCCAUGAGGAUUCAGCACCUGCAAUGCCAGUUAGACGAACGCAUACUUCUUGUACUUUAUUAUCUCUCUUUCUCUCUCUCUCUCUCUCUCUCUCUCUUUCUCUCUCUCUCUCUUUCUCUCUCUCUCUCUCU